AUGGCAGACGGAUCUAGAAGAUUGAUUAAAUGCAGACCAACAUCUUUUGUAUCUAGGGAUUGGCAAAAUUCCCGUGUGAGGUUCACUCACAAUGAAAUCGAACGCAAGCGUCGUGCCCGACUCAAGUCGGAAACCGACUUUCUUCAUCAGCAACUCCCUAAGGCCGUUUACCGCGACAAACUUGCUAUUUUUAAGGCUGGCACUGACUUGCUUCUCCAUUAUUCAAAUUUGGGUGGCUACGAAACGCGCAACUUAAUUCUUACGAACAACGAGUAUUCAGAAUGUAUACUAGAGAGCCUUACUGAUGGAUUUGGCAUUAGAAUUCGAUGUGAGGACGGUGUGAUUUUACAAGCUACAAAGAAUUGGGAAAAAUGCCUAGGCUCCGAAUUUGCACCGUUAAUCGGCAAAACCAUAUUUGAUCUCAUUGUUCCAACUGAAUUAACAGAGCAAGUUAUUCGUGACAAUCUUUUCCUAUCUUCUGAUGACCGUGAACUAGUCUCAAGUGGAGUACCUGUAGCUCGAACUUUCAUACUUCCUCUUGCUUAUAAGCAGAACGCUUCAUUUGAAUGCCAAGAAAUCAACCAUCGGCUCCUUGAUUGCUGUGGCGAUAUCGUUAUGUCUUCAAUAGAUUCCAGCCCUGAUGAGACUGAACCCGUAUUACAGGUCAUCUGCUAUCUUUUGGAAGAUCGCCCAUUAAAUUCGAAGGCGUCUUCUGAUGGUAAACUAUUUUCCCUUCGACUUCAACCGGAAUCGCAUUUAAUAGUUGAAUUUCAAGGACAAUCUCUACCUGGCGGCCUACAGUCAGAAGAUAUAUUAGGUCACUCUCUAAUCGAUCUCACUUUGCCAGAAUCUAGGUCAAAUACUGAAGCGAAUCUUCAGAACGCGGAACGUACAGGCGAGGCAAGGUUCAAAUUCCGCCUACAGAACUCUACUGAAGAAUUUUUGGUUGUGACGAGAGCAAUCACCGUUUGCGAUUGUUUGCAUUGCCUUGUUGCGGAUUUUUAUCCAUCCCAGCAUUAA